AUGUCGCUGCAAGUUGACGACGGCGGACGGCGUGCCCGGUCCCGUUCUCCCGGACGCCGCGGCGCCGAUGGGGAUCGCGACCGCAGCCGCACACGCGCCUCAUCAGACAUUGUCGACGCCGUGCCCUAUCCAAGCUCCACCGACGCCUUCCCAACUCCGUCAUCCACCGCCUAUGAGUACGAGCGGCUGUCUGAGUGGCCGCAGGUUGCGGCCGCCGACGACGGCUACUACCGCGGUCCGCCACGCGGCAAGCCCCCUGGGGAUCGGGAGGAUCCCUACGCUGAGGCCCGUCGUGGAGUCGAGUACGGAUAUGAGAAGGACCGGCGCCGCGACCAAGGCAGCGACUCGGAUCGCGAGACGACCCGUCAGCGGCCCGACCUCUACCUCCCCAGCAAGUACGCCAACGUCAAAACCGUCGAGCCAAGCUCACCACGCCAGUCGCGGGACUCUCUAAGCAGCAAGGACCGCGACUCCGACAAAGAGCGAGAGCGCCGUCGCAAGAAGGAGAAAUUGGAGAAUGACCUGGCGUACGGCAAACUGCCGGGCGCCUCCAAGCAUGACCGCCCAGAGUCUCCGCCCGCCGUCACCUAUGAGUAUUCCCAGCCGAAGCCGUGGGAAUAUGCCAGGCCUGAAGACCCGCGGUACAGCGCAACGCAUCUGGAUGUUGGGCCCGGAGGACGUCCCGGGCGCUCAGCGAGCCCGGGGCCUCCUUCAGCCAUCAAGUCGGCCAUGAAGCGCGACCGGUCACCACAGCCGCCUACCGGGCGCAUGUCAACCCUGACGGUCCAGACCCCGCAUCACUCGGCCUCGUUGUCCGUCGCCUCUGCCCCGGCAUCCCCGCUCCUGGAAGCCUAUCACGGAACCUACCAAUCCAUGUCCCCGAUGCCGUCCCCAAUGCUUCUCCCCACCGCCGCCCCUCAGAUUCUCGAGGCCCUCUCGCCCGUCGGAUCUGACGACGAGCGCGCAGGCGAGAGACGCCGCGCUCGUCGCGCCCGCUUCAACGACCCCGAAGACGAUGCCGCGCGCCUGGCCAAAGCCCUGAAAGGCGAGAAGCGCGCGCCAGAAACCGAGCCGCUGAUCGAGAUCCUCCCCGGUCUCACCCACGACCAGGUAAUGGACCUCCGGAUCGAGUACAAGCGCCUGGUGAAGACGGGCACCGAGCGCAAGGGCGUCAACAUCGCCAAGCACAUCCGGGCCCGACUCAAGGACGAGGACCCGAACCUGAUGAAGGUUUGCUAUGCCACGGCGCUGGGCCGCUGGGAGUCGGAGGCGUACUGGGCCAACUUCUGGUACCACGGCGACAAGACGCGGCGGGAGCUGCUGAUCGAGUCGCUCAUGGGGCGCACCAAUGACGAGAUCCGGCGCAUCAAGGAGGGGUUCAGCGACAAAAAGUACGCCAACAGCCUGGUUAAGUGCAUGAAGAUGGAGCUGAAGGAGGACAAGUUCAAGAAGGCGGUCCUGAUGGUGCUGGAGGAGCAGAGGAUGGAGGAGUUUGACGCGUACGGCCGGCCGCUGCGGAUCGAUUACGACCUGGUGGAUGACGACGUGCGGCAGCUGCACCAUGCCGUCCGCAGCGAAAAGGGAGGUGAGAGCCUCAUGAUUUCCAUCGUCACGCAGCGGAGCGACUCGCACCUGAGGGAGGUGCUGAGGGAGUAUAAGAACAAGUACAAGGGGGCCAACUUUGCCAAGGACGCGUUGAAGAAGAGCGGCAACCUCGUUGGCGAAGUCCUGGCGCACAUCCUCAACGGCAUCAUCAACAAGCCGGUCCGCGACGCCAUGCUGUUGCACCACGCGCUGACGGCCUCGCGCCGCGACGAGCUGCGCCGCGAGCUCCUCAUCUCGCGCCUCGUGCGCUACCACUGGGAUGCCCAGCACAUGGCGCUCGUCAAGCGCGCGUUCCGCGAGCAGUACGGCCGCGACCUGCAGGACGCCGUGCGCGACGCGACGCGGGGCGGCUGGGGCGAGUUUUGCGUCGCGCUGUGCAUUGUGCGCAUGCCGGAUGAUGUGAGGAGGGUUGAAAGGGUGGAUAUUCAUCAAUAG